AAAUUGAAUGUUUAUGUCGCAUUUGUUUUAAAAUGGCGAUGUACGCUGUUGCUUCUUCGUCAAUUUCGGAUCAAUCUCGAAUAGAUAUCGAAAAUAAUGAGACUAUGGAAAAAAACGCCGAAAAAAAAUGCUACGAGCGGACAUUCACGGAGCAUGAUCUUUGCCCGUUCGUAAGUGAAAACUAUGAAAUUACAUUGAACGAUGCAUUAACUGACACGAAUAUGUCUUUAAUUGUCAGAAAAUUGUCGUUCUCUUUUGCAGACGUUGCAAUGGUCCUUCGGCAUAAAUCCGGAAGUACCGGUGAUAAAUCUAACGACGGAAAAUCGAUGCCCGUGUGCACUUUAUUCCAUCCGCAUGCAAGCGAAGACGUGACAGUCGCUCGUAUCAGUCCCGAUGCUAAGCAGAUAAUCACUGUCAGCAACGAAAAAUGUCAGAAUGUGCAUAUCUGGUUGUGGAGUCAUGGAAGGGACAAACCAGACGGUUUGCUCCCUUAAUUUGUUCGUUCGUUUAAUCACUCUUCUUUGCCUUAGAAACACUUACAAUUAAAUAUUAAUUAUCAUAUAUUGUUAUUAUCAUUACAAAAAUUAUAUUUAUCCUAUAAUCCUACUGAUUAUAUCAUUUAUUUAUGCAAAAAGUAUUGAUAUAUAAUCAGAUUUAAUUAGAUUUAAUAAUUAUUUAAAUAGACAAUUGUGAUUAUUAUGACUAAGAUUUUGUAAAAUAUUUGUGUCAAAAAAAUUAUCGAUUAUAAAUUAUCGAUUUGUUUAACGACAUUUCCAGCAUCAAUUCCGUUGAUCGACACUACGUCCGAACGUGUCAAGGAAAUAACUUUCAACGAUGAAUAUCCGGAACAGUUCGCAUUAACCACCGAUUAUCAUGUUUUGUUCCUAAUUUGGGUUAGUGAAAAAUAUCAUAUUUGUAUUUUUAGUUUAUUUAGAAUCGUUAAGCGAAACGGCGAUAUAAAUCGAAAUAAAUAAAAUUUGAUAAUGUA